AUGAUCAAGCCGAGCUUUCAAAAAGCCGGGCCCGCCUCUCAGCAGGCAGCUCCUAAGAAGGACCAGGAGAUGGGUCUUUCCAGAUGGGACGUUUCGCCCACGGCUCCGAGAAGCCAAAUUACCUACCCAAUCGACACCGAGAUGCAAAACCUUGGACUCCCAAGAAUCGGCUUCACUUCUCCUGCUUGCUUCGACAGGAACGCCGCCGGGUACAUCAGACGGAUUCCAUCCGACUCACGUACCAAAGCCGUCCAAACACCUGCAGACCAAUUCAAAGAGUCUCUAUCUGAACGCGACAGCGGUGACCCAUAUCUCAGUCCCUCUGAUACCGACCCCAGCGCGUCGGAUAGUGACAGUCCGAUCGACAACAGCUGGGAACCUGGUUUCAGGAAGGGACGCGACGAAGGGUGGGAACGACCGCCCACCUCCGUACCUGCGCCAGCACCCGAGCCGGCGCCCGCUGGUGCUCCUCGGUCCAUCUCGCAGUCCUUUUGGUCGGCCUACGAAUACGCGACCGACCUCGUCGCCGGCUUCGGGCGCCCGGCGUCUCAAGACUCGCCAGUUCGGUCCGAGCCCGCCUCAGAGACGUCGGCUUCCCCGCGCGAGGUCACUCACCAGGAAGGACCGGAACCCGCAGUCGCUCGCGAGCUCGACUACGACACUGAUGGGGACUCGGACGAGGUGAUGGCAGACGACGAUGCUGGCGCGGAUGAGGACGCGGAGUAG